UUGGUCGCCCUUUGCUCCCUGACCCCCGAGCCGCCUCCGAGCCGCCGCUUCCUGCUAGGGCGCCGCGCGGCGCUCCCGGCCUGGGCGGAGCUCUGGGCCGAGUGCGCGCCGCCUCGCCGCCCGGAGCCGCCCGCGCCGGAGGAGGAGCCGCCGCGCCUUCCCCUUCCUCCGCUCCUCCCCGCCCGCACCCCCGCGCCCGCCCCGCCAGCACUCGCGAGCAGCGGCGGCCCCGGCCGGUGGCCGAGUCGGGAGAAUGCGGCGGCGCUCGCGGAUGCUGCUCUGCUUCGCCUUCCUGUGGGUGCUGGGCAUCGCCUACUACAUGUACUCGGGGGGCGGCUCCGCGCUGGCCGCGGGCGCGGGCGGCGGCGCCGGCAGGAAGGAGGACUGGAAUGAAAUUGACCCAAUUAAAAUGAAAGAUCUUCAUCACAGCAACGGGGAUGAGAAAGCACAAAGCGUGGAGACCCUCCCUCCAGGGAAAGUGCGAUGGCGGGACUUCAACCAGGAAGCUUACGUUGGAGGGACAAUGGUCCGCUCUGGGCAGGACCCCUAUGCCCGCAACAAAUUCAACCAAGUGGAAAGUGAUAAGCUGCGGAUGGACAGAGCCAUACCUGACACCAGGCAUGACCAGUGUCAGCGGAAGCAGUGGCGGGUGGAUCUGCCAGCUACCAGCGUGGUGAUCACGUUUCACAAUGAAGCCAGGUCAGCCCUGCUGAGGACAGUGGUCAGUGUGCUUAAGAAAAGCCCACCCCACCUCAUAAAAGAAAUCAUCUUGGUGGAUGACUACAGCAAUGACCCCGAGGACGGGGCUCUCUUGGGGAAAAUUGAGAAAGUGCGGGUUCUCAGAAAUGAUCGACGAGAAGGCCUGAUGCGCUCUCGAGUCCGGGGAGCCGAUGCAGCCCAGGCCAAGGUCCUGACGUUCCUGGACAGUCACUGCGAGUGCAAUGAGCACUGGCUGGAGCCCCUUCUGGAGAGGGUGGCUGAGGACAGAACACGGGUUGUGUCGCCUAUCAUCGAUGUCAUUAACAUGGACAACUUUCAGUACGUGGGGGCAUCCGCUGACUUAAAAGGCGGUUUUGACUGGAACUUGGUGUUCAAGUGGGAUUACAUGACACCUGAGCAGAGGAGAUCCCGGCAGGGGAACCCAGUCGCCCCCAUAAAAACCCCCAUGAUUGCUGGCGGAUUGUUCGUGAUGGAUAAGUUCUAUUUUGAAGAACUGGGGAAAUAUGACAUGAUGAUGGAUGUGUGGGGAGGAGAAAACCUGGAGAUCUCGUUCCGCGUGUGGCAGUGUGGUGGGAGCCUGGAGAUCAUCCCCUGUAGCCGCGUGGGACAUGUGUUCCGCAAGCAGCACCCGUAUACUUUCCCCGGUGGCAGCGGUACUGUCUUCGCUCGGAACACCCGCCGGGCAGCGGAGGUCUGGAUGGAUGAAUACAAAAAUUUCUACUAUGCAGCAGUGCCUUCUGCCAGAAAUGUUCCUUACGGGAACAUCCAGAGCCGAUUGGAGCUUAGGAAGAAACUUAGCUGCAAGCCUUUCAAAUGGUACCUUGAAAAUGUUUAUCCAGAAUUAAGGGUUCCCGACCAUCAGGAUAUAGCUUUUGGGGCCUUGCAGCAGGGAACCAACUGCCUGGACACUCUGGGACACUUUGCUGACGGUGUUGUUGGAGUUUAUGAGUGCCACAAUGCUGGGGGGAACCAGGAAUGGGCCUUGACGAAGGAGAAGUCGGUGAAGCACAUGGACUUGUGCCUGACUGUGGUGGACCGGGCGCCUGGCUCACUCAUAAAGCUGCAGGGCUGCCGGGAAAACGACAGCAGACAGAAAUGGGAACAGAUUGAGGGCAAUUCGAAGCUGCGGCACGUGGGCAGCAAUCUGUGCCUGGACAGCCGCACAGCCAAGAACGGGGGCCUGAGCGUGGAGGUGUGCAGCCCCGCCCUGUCUCAGCAGUGGAAGUUCUCGCUCAACCUGCAGCAGUAGGAGAGGCUGGAGGCCCAUGCCAUCCUGUCUCCUAUGCCAGUGGGCCGAGUUUGAUGAUCACGUUCUUGAUUAUGUUUCUUAAACUUUCCGCGAAACUAUAUACCUCAGUAUUCCAUCAUGGUCUGAAAGUCGGAGAACUUCUGCAAGGCACGGGGACUUGGCGGACAGAGGCAGCGAGGAAGAUGACUACCCUCCUCCUCUCACAGGUGCAGCCAGGCCCCCUUCCCGAGGCCACCGCCGCCCCUCUUCCCUCCCAGCUUCGGCCAGUAACCCCCCAGUGACAGCAUGGAGGGCAGAGAAGUGCCGAACACGUACAGGUUCGGGGGAGGGAAAGAGGAGGGAUGUAGUUGCUGCAUCACAGCCUGGAGAACUCUUUUGAAAUCUCCGUUUUUGAUCCCAUCGGAAUCCUGUGUGGUUUCCCCAACACCAACUCGUGUCACUUUGCAGGUUUACGUCGUAUCCCUGUCCCUGCUCCUCCGCUCCCAACCAUCUUCCUAGCACAGACCCGUCUUCCACAUGACGUACUUCCUAUAUUUGAAUAUGAACUUUUCUAUGGUGGGACACUAAAUAUAAAUAUAUAUAAAGAAAGAAUGUCCGGUCAGUUCCCUAUGGUUUCUGUAGGUCAUCCGCAUCUUGUAAAUUCUCCACAAAGCAGGUCGUGGCUGUGAGGAGGCAGCCCUGGAGCCCUCUGGGGCCAGCCUCUCCCAGAGGGAGAAAGUAGCCUCCUCUGCCCCCUGGAGCCUUAUCAGUGAGGUGGUGCUGCUGUGGCCGGUGGGGACCCUCCCAUAGCUGGCCCUGGACUGCAGGCCUUGGGCCCAAGCAUCUCUGUUCAACUUCAGCUGGGAAGUCACUGCUGUGUGUUGGAAUCCACUUUUCAUGUCCUUGGUCCUUGUAAACCUGGAUGGGUUACUUAUUUUGACAAGUAUUGCUUUGGGUCUUUUAAACAUUUUUUUCUCUUAGAAAAAAACACCCAAUGACGUAGGAAGCUGUCACAGGCUAGCAUUGGGUAAUCCUGAGUGUCCUAGUGUGCUGGCAGUACUGUCAGGGUCACCUGGGCCCUGGAAUCUGGCCUGCCCACCCUGUCCCUCCCAGGCCGAGGUGACUGCCCCAGGGGCUUUGGGUCAAGAAUUAGGAAAGGGGGAAACCAAACACCACCUGUCCAGUGACACUGAGGAUUUGGGGCAAGAAACAGGAGCCUUGUGGGUUAGGAAGCAGAUGUCAGGAUAAACCACAAGACAUUUAUGAACUAAAAAUAAUAAGAGGAAGAAGUGUUAGGGCAUCUGCUUCAGUGCCCAGGAAUGUCUCUGCAGAGCCCUCCUUGCGUUUUCAGUGUCCCCACAUGCAAUGACAGACAUUGUCCUGAUCACCACCCUCCUUCCUUGUCCACUCACCCCCUCUCACCCACCCCUCCCACACACGUGCCCAGUGUCAGUCAGGCUGGCCACAGCAGGCAGCCCACGAGCUGCCAUGUCGUGGGAGCUGCAUCAUAACUGCACAUCCUCAGGCCCCUUUGGGAGGGGCUGGGAGGGCACAGAGUGAGAAGUGGCCCUGGAAGAUUCUGCUAGGUUGACACUCUGCUAACUGCCGCUCUCUUUCCUGCCUCUUUCUUCUAGGAAAGGGAACAUUGUUGGUCUUUCUUCCUCCACUGCAGAAGCCCCACCUGUGUUUGCUUUAGGACAAUGGGCUUCGGCCUGGAGGCGCGGCUCGGGGCCUGUCCUGUGUCUUCUCUUUUUUUGCCCCCUGGCCAGAGCAGCCAGAUGUAUUUUCAGGGGGCGGGGAGGCCAUGGCUGGAUUAACUCAGCACACUUCAUCUUCAGAGGCUGAUCCUGACUGCAGGUGGGCUCUUGGGAUAGUCUUAGGUACCUGUGCCAGGCCGUAGGAUACAGGCGAGCAGGAGCCAGGCGCUGUGCUGGUGCCCUCAGCCUGAGCACCUGCGGUCUGUCAUCAGACCCUGUCACCUGUGAACUACUACUGCUGUUAGCAAAAAAAUCCCAUUGACGGAAAACAAAUUUUGCUUCGAUGUAAAACAAAUUUUAAUCAGGUUCUUGACGAAUCCUUGGCCCACACACCGCUACCCAACCCAGAAGUCUUACCAACCUUUGUACCAUCGGGACAGGUCCACCCAGUCCCUUGGGGGCAGCUCCCUGUCCCUGAGCUGGUGGGCGGUGGCCUUGGGUAGUGGGCGUCUUGGGUGUCACAGGGCUCCCUGGAGGUGACCUAUGUUUACAUGACACAGUGUGCCAAAGUGACUUACUGUGGCUGCAUUAUUUUCAGUCAUCAGGACUGUCCCACCCUCCUGCUCCCAUUUUUACAGGUAAAGACUCUUUCCUACGAGCCCUUUGAGCAGAGUGUGGCCAAGUGAGUUGUCUUCUCUGUGGUGGUCUUUCUUAUGUCUUCAUAAAAGCUAAAAUGAUGGUAUCUGUGAGUAUGUUUUGCAAAUUCAAGAUAUAGUUUGGUAAUUUUUUUUUCCAGUUGAUUUUUAAAAAGAACUGCUGUACAGAGCUUGUACUUUGUCCAUUUUAUAGAUGGAAACCAUUCUUGAAAUUAACUUAAAUAAAGAGAAGAUCCUUUAUAGAUAA